GAGCAAGGAGACGGCAGCUAAGAUGUCAAUGGAGGAAAUGGCGAAAGAAAUGACGGAGAUCCUAGCGAGGGGUUCUGGCUAUGGCCUCCCUCAUCCAGCAGGAGAUCAACCACAGAAACACGACCUCAGAAGCUGGAAAUACGCAGAGCUGCGCGACACCAUCAACACAUCCUGUGACCUGCCUCUGCUUGAGAGUUGCCGCUCCGAACUCCACCGCCGGCUGCGGACUUUCCACGCCUGGCGCGCCAGGAACCGGGCACGAGGAGGAGGAGGGGGGGCCCACGACCCGCCCAGGGCCCCCCAAUCCGUCAUGGAGAACGUGGAGCGCCUCUCCCGCCUACGCCACCAUCAGGAGCAGGGUCUCGAGUCCAUGAACCGCGUGCAGAGUUACUUCCGCAUCCCCUUCGUGGUGAAGGGGUCUGCCCUGGGCCCCUCAUCGGGGGGGGCGGCGCAAGGGGGGGGGACCCCGCGGGGCUGGUGGCUGGCACACUAUGACGGCAGCUGGCUGGCACGCCAGCUCGAGCUGCACCCUGGCAAGCAGCCGGUGUUGCUAGUAGCAGGCCAAGACGACGAGAGGAUGUGUGAGCUGCGUCUGGAGGAGACUGGCCUCCUGCGUCGCCGCGGGGCCCAGAUCCUGGCCCGUCGCUUCGAGGAGACCUGGGAGCUGAGUGGAGGAGCGGCCUACCUCCGCUGGGCUGUGUUGGCCGGCCGGGCCAGGCCCACGGCCGCCACGGCCAGGGUCCAGCUCCUAGCGGGGCCCUCGGGGGCUCCUUAG